AUGUCUGAGGAGUCUCAGAAAAUUGCAAAUUCUGGAGGUACUUCGCCUGUGGACCUCAACGCGAUGUUUGCCGAACUUUUAGAUGAUGCCAAAAGAGAUAUUUUGGCCCACGUACAAGACUCUAUCGAGAAGGUUUAUGCCGAUUUUGAAGAUUAUGAGACCAGCCCUGAGAGCGGUGAAGCGAGCACUGAGUGUUCGGAUGCAGCUGUUGCAACGGCUGUUGCAACUAAAAUAAACGAUUUUAUCCAGCCAAAAACCUCAGACCAUGCUGAAGGCUCGGAUGGCGGUUCCUUUAUCACUCGCUGAUGAAUUUAGUGUUCUUGAGAAAACUUCACCUGCCAUAGAUGCCAAUUUGGCAGAAAAAGUGAAGAGUCUGCUUACAGAGAAGCUCACAAAAGAAAAGUUGGCCGAGGUACAGAACAAGUACCUCAGACCUGAAAACUGUACUAAUUUGGUUGCACCCAAGAUAAACAAGCAAAUUUGGCAACAAUUACGACAGGAGACCAGAAACAAUGAUUCAGCUUUCCAGAAGGCACAGUCCCUGCUCUUGUCAGGUUUAUACGCUGUACUUCAGCUGUGUAACAGUGCAAAUGGGGAUCAGUGGAAUGUUUUGACCCAUACAGCAGUCCUGCUGUUGUCAGCAAAUAGAGAGCUUAAUCUGAAACGAAGAGAUCUCAUUCGUCCUGACCUGAACAAGCAAUAUGCUCCUUUAUGCAACCCAUCUACAGCCGGAGAUGACCUAAACAAGGAAGUGGAAGAGUUAACAAAGUCACAAAAGCUCAGCCAUAAAGUGACUCCCAAGAGACACAUGGAACCUUACAAAGUCCCCGCCUCAAGAGGUGUACGUGGUCGUGGCCGCUUGAGUCAGAGUGCUGGCAGGGGAAGAGCUCCUCUAAUUCUUUUUUAGGUCAAAGCCGGGGCCAUACUCGGCCCCAGCAGAAUCCCAGGACCUCGGCAACCAAGACCCAGUAGGAUCACCGGCUGAGGUAAGUCAGACAACUCUUGCUACUAUUAUUGCAAAUCAAGUUCCUUUUAAGGCAGGAGGACUGCGAGACUGUCUUCAUGUAUGGAAGACUAUCACAUCAGAUCCUUUUAUCUUGGAUACAGUUAACUUAUUAACUUUAUUAUUCCAUCGCUCAUAUAGUACAAACUCAGUAAAGCCAAAGCCGGGGGCUUAUACGGCCUGUGGUCAGAAUGACAGAAAUUAUUUUAUAUAAAAUGAAGAGUUUAGGCUAAACUACAAAACUAAAACAAGAUACAAAACUGAAAUUAAAUAACUUUACAUGCAUGCAGUCCUAUAACAGUCCUAUAACAGCCCAAAACUAGUGACAAAUAAACUAACAAUAAGCUAUGAGAAUCCUGCGCUAGUUCAAUUUAGGCUUAAAAAGUGAAGUUUUAGUUUCUUUUUGAAGUUAGUAGUGGUAAGGCUGUCACAGACAGUCAAGGGGAUAUCGUUCCAAAUAGUCGGGGCUAGAGAGCUAAUCGCAAAUUGAUACCUGAGGGACGUUUUAUGCAAGUUGAAACGACAACGAGUUAGAUAAUCAUGAAAAUCACGAUUAAAGUGGAGGAGGGAGGAAAGAGAGGCCGGUAAAAGGCGAUUAAAGUGUGAGAAUACAAAACAAGAAACAUGAAAUUUAUAAAGUGAAUGGAGAGAAAGAAUACUAAGCUUCGAGAAAAGAGGCUUAGAACGAGUUCUUGGAGGAGAAAAGGUGAUAAUUCGAAUGGCUUUCUUUUGGAGUAGAUAGAGGGGUUCAAGGUAGGAGGCAUAUGUAGAUGCCCAGAUGAGGUUACAAUAGUUGAUAUAAGGUAGAAAAAGGGAAUAAUAUAAGGUUUUUAGAGUGACCGAAGGUAAGUAUCGUCUCGAUUUAGACAAAAUUCCUAUAACCUUAGCGACUUUAUCGCAGAUGGAAGUGAUGUGCGGUUUCCAUGAGAGGUUUUCGUGAAUAAUUAUUCCAAGAAAUUUAUGUUCCUGUACCCGCGCUAUAGGGGUGUUAUUUAUUAAGAUGUUUAAUUCUGAAGGAUUGAUCUGUUUACGUCGUGGAUGGAAGAUGAUGAAUUUGGAUUUAUCAGGAUGAACAGUAAGCUUGUUUGCGUUAAACCAGGAGGAGACAUGAGAAAGCUCUUGAUUAAUCAUUCUAAUUAAAGUAGCCAAGUCUUUAUGCCGAAGAAAAAUAUUGGUGUCAUCAGCAAAAAGAAUAAAUGAAAGAUAAUUUGAAGAAAGAAAAAGAUCAUUAAUGUAUAGGAGGAAUAAUAAGGGGUCAAGAACAGAACCUUGAGGGACCCCACACACAACAGUAUUAUUAGAAGAAACAUGACCUUUGACCAUAACAUACUGUUGUCGGUUGUCUAAAUAGCUGGUGAGCCAAGCUAGAGGAAUACCACGGAUACCAUAAAAGUUUAAUUUGUCAAUAAGUAUCUGAUGAUUUACAGUAUCAAAUGCCUUCUUGAGGUCUAAGAAAAUUCCAAUAGUGUAUUAUUACUUUCAAAGCCUUCAUAUAUAUUGUUUACAAAUUCGAGGAUAGCCAUAGUGAUGCGGUCUGAAGCCAUAUUGAUGGUACAUACAUACAUACAUACAUACAUACAUAAACUUUAUUUAUCCUCGGAUUUUAGUGUAGCUUACAUAGCUAGUAUCUCCGAUCCUAACUAAUUAUAAAAGUUACAACAUAUAUAAUAUAAUAUUAAUUAAUGUAGUAUUAACUAAAACCGUGCACUAACAAUUUGCGCUUAAACUCACUAUAAUCUACAGUCUUUCUAAAGUGAUCAGGUAGAGAAUUCCAGUACUCAACAGAUGAAUAGCUAAAGGAAUUUAGACCAUAUGUGGUUGUAGACGGCUUAGGAAGUGAUAAAAUAUUAGCACCCCGUAGGGAGUAAGCAGUAGAUCUUAACUUGAUCAGUUGUUUUAAAUAGCACGGAUAUUUACCAAAAUGGAGACAUUUGAAUAUACAAAUCAUCAUAUUUGUAUCCUCCUGUUAAAUGGUGACUAAGAAUGUCAAAUUUUUCAAGAAAUGCAGACAAUCUGAUGUAAAAGAGUUUUUCAAAGACCUUGGAAAGACAGGACAGUGAUCACAUUUGAAGAUGGAAAGGAUCUUGGCUGUUUUGAGCUUAUCUGAAAAAACACCUUGAGAAAAUGAUAGAUAACAGAUAUGGGUAAAAGGGGCAGCUAUUAAAUCAAUAGUAUCUUAUACAGAGGCCAUCAAAACCCUCACAUUUGCUAUUUCUUAGAGAAUGGACUAUAUUAGCAACCUCAGUGGGAGAAGUUGGGUUAAGAUAGAAACACUUUGCGUAAUGACCAAUCAGAAACUCUCUAUACGUAAUUUGAGUGGGAGAGAUUUUAUUUGCCAAAGAAGGACCAACAUUAGCAAAGAAAUUAUUAAACUUUGUAGCUAUCUGAGUAGGAUUUGAGUAUGAACCAGAACUAUCUUUCAUGAUAUUGAAACGUUGCUCAGGUUCCUUUUUAGAGGGAAUCUGUUUUAUGACUGACCAUGUCUUUCUUAAAUCUGAACGGACAGACAGCAGUUUGUCAUGGAAGAAUUUUUUUCCUGGCAAGUUUGAUGAGAAAAUUGUAUUUAUUGCGGUAUUUGUUGUAUCUCAACUUGUUGAGUGCAGUUGGAUUUAACUGGAACUGUUUGUAAAGAGAAUUUUUCGUUUUACAAGAAGUAAAGAGACCAUUUGAGAACCACGGUUUUGAAGAGCGGUGAGGUUUAGAACAUGCGGGUUGAAGAGGAAAUGACAUACUGUAUGCCAAAGGAAGAAGACUAGAGAAUGUGUCAUAAGAUUCAUUUACAGAAAUAAUGGAAUAGACUGAAGACCAGUCGACGCCUUCCAGUUUAGACCUGAAUGCUGACAUAGUUGUUGAGUUAAUAAGACGUGCAAAUCUCUUUUGGCGUGGUGGCUCAACAAUCAUUUUCAAGUGGGUAACUUGAAAAACUGGGAGGUGAUCAGAUAAGUCAGUGUAAAGAAUGCCACUAUUCAUGUUAAGUUCAAGAUUGUUUGUAAAUAUGUUGUCAAUCAGAGUUGCAGUUGAGGAAGUUAUGCGCGUUGGUUUGGAGAUCAAAGGAUAGACGCUUUGAGAUGUCAUAAGAUUAAUGAACUCAUUUGUAGGUUGAUGAGAAUGAGAGUUGUUUCGAGGAUGUUGAUAUUAAAAUCACCCAUAAUAUAAAUACCUCUUAUUAGCCGAGUUUUCGGUCCGUACUGUAAAUUACGGACCGAGCUUUUUUCCAUCGAUUUAUGGCCCAAGCGCGAAGCGCGCGGGCAAUAAAUCGAUUGAAAAAAAACGAGGAUCCGUAAAUUACAGUACGGACCGAGAAAACGAGGCUAAUAAGAUGUUUAUCAUAUGGCUUCUUCCAGUUUUGGGGACCGGAAACAAGUCCAGGACGCGCGAUUUGACAAUCAUUUGACAGGCGUCAAGAAAGAAAGUUUCUGUUGGCUCACGAAAACAAUAGCACACAACAAAGGGUUUCCGAGAAAGUGAAAACAAAUUCGCCAUGUUGAAAAAGAUUAUUUGGCCAAACUAAGAGCGCUGUAAGUUUUAGCUCUUUAAUGUAACGAUGGAGUAUUUUGGAAACCGGGCAUCUUUCUCGAAGUCGUUUCCAUCUUUCCUCCGUUGGUCCUUGUAAAAAAAAACACUGCAAAAGGCAAAGAAGCUCUUCAAGGUAAGUUUCUUGUCAUUGUCGAAGAAUUCGCUCGUUAAUUUUUUUGGGAAAACCUCUCGAAUUUCUGCCAGUUCAUUCCCGUCUUCAAGCGUGAUCUGCGUUAAAAUUUUCAAACACGGACAAUAUUUUCUUCCAUGGAAAGGUUAUACGAUUCAGUUCCUACAUCAGCUUCGUUCUCAUUCAAACAAAGCUAGGUUAAAAUCUGGAAAGGCAAAGUCAACAUCCCAGUCCUCAGGGUCUAGUGUAGUCGGUCAAAACUAAGAGCAUUGUAAGUAUUAACUCGCCAAUGCGACGCUGGAGUCUUUUGAAAACUGGACAUUGUAUCUGGCUCGGAGUCGCUUCUAUCUUUCUUUCGUUGGUCUUUGGAAAAACACUGCAAAUGACAAAGAAGCUCGUCAAGAUGAUCGGUUGCAUGCAUGUUUGUUGUCAUAUUUGUCGAAAGAAUUACUCAUUUUCUCUCAGGCAAAACAUGUCGAAUCUCUGCCAGUCGAUUUUCGUCUUCUUAACUGUGUACUGCGAUGAAAUUUUCAAACACUGACUAGAAUCCUCUUCGAUGAGAUUACCAGUUAGUUUCUUCAUCGCCUUUGUUCACAAAUAAACACAGUUUAAAAUGUUGAAGGACAAAGUCAAAAUCUAAGUCCUCAAUGUUGAUAGACGUCUUGUAGCUUAAUUUUAACCUUUUUUUCCGAGGUGAAGAGAUUUAGAGCUCCGAAAUGAGUUUUUUAUCUGAAAUUUUGGUCCGUAUAGCAAGUUACGGACCGCAAAUUGACCAAUCGCAUGGCGAAAACAGACUCAGCCAUAUAACUAGAAAUACGUGUAUCGCAGAACCUCGCGAAGCUUGGGGGAGCCCAUAAGGGGUGAGAGAUCAGGAGAGAAAUGAAGUAAAUCAUGUAACUGGGGAGGGUGGAUCUAAUAGUGGAAGCUGAGAUGUACUUAAUCCCACGUGGAUUAAAUUUGAACCUAAUGCUCUGGCUUUAAAAAGAAUCUUCUGAGAUUUAAAUAGGGUUGCUGUUGUCAGCGAAUGCUGCAUAGGUCCCAUCCCCCCAUGUUCACUCCAUUUGACCCUCCUAAAUGUGUGUAAUUAUGGUCAAAAGGAAAUGGGGGUGAUAGUGGAUAACUGCCGGCUAGUAUUCAGUUGCAUUUGCUUAAUAAAAGCUCACCCUUAACCCUAUUCAGACUGGGCUUUUUUGGUCAAUCUGUGACUUGGGUGGGGUGGGGGGGGGGGCUCCUCGGACCCCCCCUCUGUAUCUCUGGAACCAAUAAUGCUAGGGUCAUGAAAUUUACACACAAUGAUCAUCUCCGUACAAAGAAGCCCCACACCCAGUUUUGACUUGCAACGCCCAAUGAUGACGUCACAGUGGCGUCAUAUUCCGAUUUUUCAAUGUUUCUUAUUAUUUUCCACUUAUAUACGUAAAAUAUCAAUAAUAUUGGUAAAGUCAUCUCUUUAAUAUAAUAUACAACAUAUAUGCAUAUAAAAUACGCACUUUGACAUGUGUUUUGAUACUUUAAAGGUGCUAAUGACGUCAUAAUUGCCAAAAUUUGAAAUGGUUGUCCACCGUCUUGGAUCCGCCAUCUUAGAUCCGCCAUCUUGGAUUUCCGUUUUUUUGUUAAAAUUAUAAUUUAAAGCAACUUUGAAAGGGAAAAAAGCUCAGAAUGUAUAAAAGAAGUAUCAAACUAAUGUUUAUUACCCAAACAAAUGACUUUGGAAGUGUUAUUUGGAAAAUAGAGCAGCAUAUUUGUCAAAGCAAAAAAGUAACAAAUUUUACCCCACCCCUCCCCCCAAAUAUUCGAUGUUGAAACAUUUUGAUGUAAUUCAAAAACUAGUCCCAAGCAAAGACCAUUUUAACAACAAAAAGCACUGUAAGUGUAAAAACGCGAUCUUAAAACAAAAAAAUGACCAUUUUUUAAAUUUUCCAAAACCUAUGUGUCAGAAACUGGUUUCCAUGGCAACAUGAUUAAUCACAUGGACAUGGUAGUUAUACCAAAAUGUUCCUAGAUAAAUUUUAGGAAAAGUCAGAAAAUUUGAACGUCAUAGCUCUUUCGGUGUAGGAGUUAUUACGAUUUUGCCGGAGGGGUGGUUCGAAAAGCCCCCCAAGUCUGAAUAGGGUUAUGUGCAAUAAUUAUUUGUGAAAUGUGUCAGUAGAAGUGAGUGGAUGGCAAUUCUAGGAGAUAAGUGCUGCAGUGAAAACAACAACUAAUAUAAAUGCUGCUAAUUGGAGAAAGAAUUUAUUGUUCGGCGAACUACAGCUAUAAAAGUGUUUGCACUUUUUUUGGUACAUAAUCAUACUUCACAACUAUUGUUUGUAACGGUAAAGUGCAAACAUAAUCAAUUACAAGUAGCAAUGUCAUUAAGGAUGCAGUUCAUGAGAAUUACUAAAGUGAUCAUGAUUUAUGAUUAUUGUAUGUGUGGGCAUUCACCUUAAAGAAUUGAAUCCAUGUAAAAAGUACCAAUUUUUUACCAGUUAGGCAAGUGUUCAUAGUUAUUCGUGUACAUGCAUAAGAAACAAAUCCCUAUGCAAGAGUGAAUUUGUAUGAAAUGUCCACAAACAAGCUAUGUUGAAGGUCAUCAGUUUCUCCAUUGGUCUCCAUUCUAAACAUGCAUGAGCUUGUUGAGACAGUGCCAGAGCCAUAGAUUUUUAAUUCCCCAGACUGAGACGAGGCAAAUGAACACUUUCCCUGUAUUACACACAUUUCUGGUGAAUGUAAAGGUAAGUACAGGAUGAAUUGAUUUUACGGAAAACCCUACAUAACUAUCUGCUUGCAUGUCGUUUAAUUUCUUGAAACAAUAUUCAUCUGCCAAUGGAACAAAUGUUUUAUUUCUGUGAAUAUGUUAACUCUGUCUGACUUCUUUUAAAGAGUGAAAUUUUAUGAUUGACCUGUUACAUUUUCCCUAACAGCGAAAGGAUUUAACGUUCCUGGCAUGGCAACCAUGUCACACACAAAUUUUCUGAGGAUAUCCGGAUUCGAAUAAUAUAGGAACAAAAAUACAGGGGGCCAGCAAUAACAAAUUUUUGUCAUGUUUGACUUAAAAGACACAGCUGGGUUUACGUAUAAGGUUGCUAUGCAUACAUUUAUUUUACUUGUGAAGGAAAUUGAACGAAAAUUGUAAGCUUAAACGAAAAAUUUUGCCCAGUAAGGAUUUUGUUUACAAAAUGUAACGCUUCCCUACAUUUCACACAUUAUCGGUGUUGUAAACUGUUCAUUUGUAAAAUAAAGCUUACUGUAAAACGGUGAAAAGGUUGAUCGGCUGUCCUCAGUCCGUUGCAAAGAUACUCCUUGUGUCGAUUUUACAGAUGGUGUAAUUCUUGCUUCCUGUCGUUGCAUCGAAGAAGAUAAUUUUGCCUGUAAACUUGCCUCUCCUUGCGAAUUCUAUUGACCGAAUACUGAAACGUCGGCAGUCGGUGUUCCCUCUCUUCGUCGGCUUCUUUUGAAGUGUAACUGUAGUAUUUUGUUGCUCCUCUGUCUCUAGUUGACAGUGUUGGCCUUCGAUGUGCCGUUACUCGCGCUGAAUUUAAAGUCGACGUCCUCGCUCUUGCGGAGUUUUGUUUGUAAAUCUUUCCCAGCGAGGAUUUCCAGCCACUUGUUUAAUCCACCGUUGUUGAGUUUGCUGUUCUGUUUUAUUUACCUGAGAUAUUGGGUGGUGACUCACCGACCGUAAACAUUGUUAUAAUUCACAGAUGAAACCACCCGUCUUCAAGAAGAAAACCCAGAGCUUUGUCGUCGAUGGCAAUCGGUUGCCCGGAAACCUAUAGUGCACUUUUACGUCACUACUGGAUGACGUCAAGGCGGACACCAACCAAAUUCGACAGAUUUAUAGCCAAGAGGAAAUCACGCUGGCCUUGCGAUGCUUGAGUGAUACACGCACGCUUCGCGCGCGACAAGAUUAUAAACCUCGCGGCUCGGCGCUCCUUGCCUCGCUUCGCGAGGAAUAAGAUACCUUAUUCUCAAAACUGAUGGCUGACAAGAUAUCUUCAACAGACCUGUUAAAGUCAUUGAGAGAGGCAUCGGGAGGUAUAUAGAGGCAGCCAACAAUAAUAUUUUUACCAUGAAGUCGCAUGAUUUCCACAAAGACUGAUUCGUACGAUGAAUUGUCAGAAGAUUGAAGAUCAAUCCUAGGCUUAAAAUUCAUAUCAGACUGAAUGUAAAGACCAACUCCACCACCUAAUUUAUGUUCUCUUGAACUGGAGAUAAAAUGGUAGCCAGGAAUAUUAAAGAGAUCAGAAUUAGACCUACUCACUGUCAUAUUGAAUUUGACUGGGAACCUGGAAUAUGUACUAGUACAAAGUGUUACUAG